AUGGCCACGCCCCCAACUACAACAUCAUCCUACGGGGCGCCCAAGGCGCUGAGCGCCAGGCUUCCCGACGGCGUCUACGUGCCAACCCUGGCAUUCUUCACUGACACCGAGGAGGUCGACACCAACACCCUCGAGCGUCACCUCGUCCGGCUCAUCAACGCCGGUGUGGCAGGCAUCGUGGUCCACGGCUCCAACGGCGAAGCCGUCCACCUCACACGCGAGGAGCGCAGCUCCAUGAUCCGCUGCGCCGCCGACACCAUCCACCAAGAAGGCCACGACGUCAAGAUCCCGCUCGUCGCCGGCUGCGGCGCCCAAUCUACCCGCGAGACCCUCCAGCUCUGCAAAGACGCACACAAAAGCGGCGCAACCCAUGCGCUCGCGCUGCCGCCCAGCUACUACGGCACCCUCCUCGACGACGACAAGAUCGUCCAGCACUUCUACGACGUCGCAGACGCGUCGCCGAUCCCGCUGCUCAUCUACAACUUCCCCGCCGCCGCCUCCGGCCGCGACCUGUCUUCAGACGUCAUCGUCCGCAUCGCGCAGCACCCCAACGUGGUCGGCGUCAAGCUCACCUGCGGAAACACGGGCAAGCUCGCGCGCGUGGCGGACGACGCGCCGGAAGGGUUCUUCGUUGCGGGCGGCAGCGCGGACUUCAUCCUGCAGGGCCAGGUCGUGGGCGCCAACGGGACGAUCGCGGGGCUGGCCAACAUCGCGCCGCGGGCGUGCGCGCGCGUCAUGGAGCUCGCGGCGGCCGGCCGGCUCGCCGAGGCGCGGCGGCUGCAGGCAGUCGUGGCGAAGGGGGACUGGGUGGCCAUCCAGACGGGGUUUGUGGGUGUCAAGGCGGCGAUCGGGCACUUUGAGCAGUAUGGGGGCGCGCCGCGGAAGCCCUGCGUCAGGCCCUCAGAUCAGGAGGUGAAGGGGAUUGCGGAGGGGCUGAGCGAGCUGCGAAGAGUUGAGGCGGAACUGGAGGAGGAGGCGGCGAGGGCGGAUGCCGCGCGGUGA